ACAACUGGAGUCUGUCCGUAUCGUACCCGCGUUCUCUCGAUUAGUUGUUCGUCCAGCGGUUUCCAGUCCGACGAAAAAGACUCUUCUGAAUGUCAAGAAACUUUACGAAAUUGCUAGUCGCAGUUCGAGAGUUCAGAUCGUCUCGCAUGGUGCCGCGGUUGCACACCACACUUCCGUUCUUUCCACUUGUGAAACUCUCUUUCGUCGACACUCUGCAAAAAACCAGAUUCCGGCGUCGCCGCAAACGAGACAGCUGCGACUUGCGCCUCGGAACAUGGUUCCCGGAUUCUGGAAAGAAACUUCAGACACGGCUGGAAUUUCGUUUUUCUCUUUUUCUUCCUUCGUAGCGCAGAUCGACAUGUCUUCCUUCGUCUUCUCUCGACCAGCCGUUUCUCGGCCGCAGUGCCUUCUCUCUCGGUUCUCUUCGUGUUCGUCCUUUGCAUCACUCGCGUCUUCUGCAGGUCGCUUGAAUCAACGUUCUUCUUUUUCGUCUUCUUUGUCUUCCCCAUUUCCGUUUUCUUUCGCCAAGUUCUCUACUCAUUUGCCUGCGAUUGUGCGUGUGCCACCUUGGCGCCUGUUUCCCCGUUUUCCACCUCCUGCAAAUCUUCACUUCGCUUGUCCAGACACUUCCAGUCGGCCCUCUUCCUCCCCAGCUUCCUCUUCUUCUCCUGUUUGUCCUUCUUGUCCUUCUUCGUCUCCCUCAUCUUCGUCCUGCUGUCAUGGCGCCAGUGCCUCGCCUUCGCCCCUGCGUCUUCCUCGUUCUCUUCCUUCAUUCUUCGCCUCUCAGGGGAGACAGCAAGGCCCUCAGAGGCCGCUGAACGGCUGUGGGGAACUUAGUGAAGCCUUGAGUGUAGAAGGCAGAAAUCGAAAAGAUGGGGAACUGCUUGUCAAUCCGCCAGCGUUGCUGUCUCCCUUAACAGAUACUUUUGGACGACACCACACGUAUCUGCGAAUUUCUCUAACGGAGAAGUGCAACAUGAACUGUGUGUACUGUUCACCUUGCGGAAGUCGGGGGCAGCAUUCUGGAAACGCGAAGUCGCUUUCUGUCGAUUCUGUAGAGAGGUCGAAUGCCGUUCUCUCCACCGACGAGAUCAUUCGUGUGGCGUCGGUCUUCCUGGAGUGUGGUGGAAGGAAGAUUCGUCUGACCGGCGGGGAGCCGACCAUUCGGAAAGACUUCUCUGCUCUGCUGACUCGCGUCGGAGCGCUGCCGAACCUAGAGACCUUCGCCGUCACCACGAACGGCGUUCGCCUUCUGCGGUGGCUUCCAGAAUUCAAGCUGGCGAGAGUAAAUGCAGUCAACGUCAGUCUCGACAGCUUGGACCCGUCGCGCUAUCGAGCGAUCACUGGAGUCAACGCUUUUCAUCGCGUCUGGGAGGGCAUUAUGCAGUUGAUCGCAGAAGACUUCUGCCUCGUGAAACUCAACGUCGUUCUGCUUCGGCGAGUGAACGUAGACGAAGUCGACGCAUUUGCGGCACUCACGCGAGACCUGCCCAUCCACGUUCGGUUCAUCGAGUUCAUGCCUUUUCAAGGAAAUCGGUGGAGUCACGAGGCUGUUGUGACAAAGCAGGAGAUACUCGAGCGUCUUCGCCACAAGUAUCCAGGAAUUCACCCUGUGGAAAGUAAAACAAGAGGACGCAUGCAGAACUCGCAAGCAGACGGCGUGCACAGGCACCGCAGAGACACGAGAAGAGGCCAGGCAGCAGAAGGCAAGAACGAGGGAGAAGGCGACGGAGCGAAAAAGGGAAGUUCCUGCAACUCUGAAGAGACAGAAGACUGGAAGAUAGACGAAAAAGGGCAACGAGGCGAAGAAGGGCAAAGUGCGUCCCUGUUCGUCAUUCCUGGACAUGCGGGAUGCAUUGGCAUUAUCUCUGCCUUGACCGAUUCCUUCUGUGCCUCUUGCAAUCGCAUAAGAUUGACCGCGGAUGGGCAGCUGAAAAAUUGUCUUUUCUCUCCGUCGGAAUUCACUCUUCUUCCUGCUCUCCGAUCUGCUUCCUCCUCUUCUACGCCUCACUCUUCUUCUGCUUUGCCUUGUCCUCGCGGACAGGAGAGUGAGAGAAUAAAACAAACGUUUGCUUCAGCGCUUGGCGCAAAGAAGGCGUCUCACGGAGGAAUAAUGAACAUCGCAACACAAGCGCACAGGAACAGACCUAUGAUUCGGAUCGGAGGAUAAAAAGUGCAACCGUAUAUUCGUGUGCAGAUGCAUACACACGUAAAUA